AUGCGGAAUCGACGCCGCGCGUUGACGAUCUCUCGCGCGGUUGGCGGAUUGAUAAUCUUCGCCUUUGCGUCCCUCGCGUCUUCAGCGCACGCGAUUUCGCAGACCGGAUCGGCGACGCUGGACAGCGAACGCACGGAAGUGUUAUUGAGUAAAUUCAGUGUGUCGAAAAAAGGCGGAACGCUGCGAUUGAAGCUGAACACGGCCAAGGCGGGAUGGGAACGCGGGUCGCACUCGCUCGAGCUCUUGGCGUUGCGCGAGGACGAGUACUUUGAGUGGAAGGCUAUGAUUAAGAAGGGAUCGCUGUGUCGAGAUCGAAACGCAAAGUGCUCACAGAGACACGAGAUCGCGCUGCCGCAUCCGAUGGCAACGCACGUGGCGAAGGGGUACGAGUUUUUUAUCGACCCGGAGAGCGGCGAUAGCUAUCGAAUGGACUUGAUGAGCGGGAACACGACGUGGAUGCAUCCGAGCGCGCAUCACGAGCAGGCGCAAGCGAUUCACCAUCGAGAGACGGCAUUGGACGUAACGCUAAAGGAUGUGCGGACUACGACGAUGCGGCAGCGACAGGUGGAGUACGGCGUGGCGAGUAAUUGGUUCAUCGUCCUGAGCGAUUGCGCGUUGGAGUUUUAUCAGGCACAUCCGCCGACGCUGCACUACGACUUGGAACUGUUGAACAACGAGAAACAUCUCCCUGAGGAGCUUCGAGGACUCGGGACCAUUUAUGCUUUCUCAACGAUUGGGAUGUCCGCGACUUUUCUCGCGUUCGGGGUGCUGACGUUUCAGCAAUAUGAGCGGACGAAGAGCGUGCACGCGCUCGUGCUCAUCCUGCUCCUCGCGCACGGAGCGCAGGUCGCGUCAUUGAUGUUCGAGCUCAUGCACAUCACCGUCUUCUCCUUGAAUGGAAAGGGGUUACGCUGGCGUUACAGUUGGUUCGCAGCCGAUUUCAUGUCCGAGAUGUUACAAGGCGCGAGCGAGUUCAUCGUCGAGUUUGUCCUGUUAUUCCUCGUGUGCGGCUGGACGACUCUGUCGAUGACAGUUGGCGGUCUCGGUGGUUCCCUUUUCGCGUCGCUCGAGUCGGGCGGAGGUGCCGCCGCGAGUCGACAUCCGCCAUCCGGAGCGGGCGGGCGGCAAUCCACCAGUCUCGUGCUCUCGAGCGUGCUAAAAUCCUUCUUCAAGGUGAACGCGGAUGAUCCGGCGGUGAAAUAUCGCGUUGAGCUUGUCGCCGGCGCGUUGCGGUCCCCGGUGAACAUGCUCAAGCGCGGGGCGGAGACCACGAUUGGGGUGGUGAUUUUAGUCUUCUUCGCACUCGUACACGUAGUGCUAGAGCUCAUGUCUCGAAGGUAUAACGAGAAUUUUGAGGUGUUUCACGACCACGAUCACUGGCCUGGGUAUGCGUUGGCGCUCAUGCGCGUCGCCUUCGCGAUGUUGUUCAUAGUCGCCGGAGGGUCCACGUACGCGACGGCGAAAAAUCAGGACCCGGCAUUGGCGUCCUUCAUUAGAAAUCUCCUCGCCGUCGGCAUAGUUUGGCUCUUGGCGUUUCCAUUCGUAAUUUUCACUGCAAGUGGCGUGUCGCUGCUCUGGCGCGUGCGAUACGUCGCUGGAGGGUGCGCGUUUCUCCAGUGCACCGCGCUCAGCGCGCUCGGACUUUUAGUUCUCGUGGACGAGUCGUUUAAGAAGUUGAGCUCGGUCGCGAGCGAUAGUGGGGCAAAGAGCACGCUCGGGCGUCGUGGAUUCCGCGCCAAGGUGGCGAUUGAUUGA